AUGGACCAGGGCCCUACAGCAGCAAGUCAAGUCAGCGCCUACAGCUACUCCCCGGACGAUUAUUUGUCGGGAUAUAAGGACGACACCCAAGCUGUGGGCAUGUAUUUCGACGGCGGCGUAGCCAGCGCCAUGAGCCUCUCGCCAAGCGGAAGUGGCUCGGUCGAAGGCGGUGGCGAGGCUGUGGCGGGCGAGGAGAAGGAGGACGCGUCCAUCUUCUUCGACUCAAGCAGUUCGACUCAAGCAGUGAUGACGAGCGGCGGAAACACAGAAACACGCUACUUGCUAAACCAGCUCGAAUCAAGCGUGGCCGUCUCCCCUACGCACUCCUCCGAGGGCAAGCCAAGCUAUGUUGCCAAACCAUACGAUGCUUACGGGGCGCCACGCAGCGUCUCAUCAGGGAAACAGGCAGUUCAGAGUAUAAGAUAA